GUGGUUCGCUACGUUCCCACCGUAUCUCACCUCUAGGGUUUAGCUCCGACCACCACCGCCGCCGAUGCAUUUCCUCAUCUACAGUUAAAAUGGGCAGCACCGGCAGGCUCCUCCUCCUCCUCUCCCCCUCUUCCUCUCUUCUCCUCCAGCGUUCCGCCUCCGUUAUCCGCCUCUCCCGCCGUCGCGACUACCAUCUUCCUUUACCCCUCCACCACGACUGCCUUGUACCCCAACCUCGCUCACUUCGCUGCAUCAUCCAUACAAAACCCUCUCCUUUACUCCCUGUCAUUCCCUCUCACCGCUGCCGCCACCACCACCAUCUCCACACACAAUCCGCCUUCUCAAAUUACGCAGAGUCAUUCUCUCCUGCCCCUCCUCAACAUCUUCCACGCCAUCCCUGGCCCGAAUUUUAAUUUCUCCUCCAGAACCUCUCAACUGCUGGCUACUUUAAUUCUGAUCUCUAUUUCAAUCCUGAUGAGUUGGCCUCUGCAUUCCAACCACCAGAGGAGUUCCUUAGAGCUGCAAGUGCCUGCUUGGCAUUCGCACGCGAUAAAGCCAACUCUUUACGGAUGCUUUCGAGAACAGAGAUAGAGGUGUUGGUGCAGAGUGGGAUGCCUUUUUUGUUCAGAAAUGGGGAGGAGUCGGCAAGGAGGAUGAGGGUGUUUCUGGGUAGUGAAGGAAGCAAUGUGUCAGAUGCUGAUAAAGCAGACAUGGUUGAUCUGAUGAAGUUUGUAUUGAGUUAUGCAAGUAAUGUUGUUGCUUAUAUGGAAACAAACAAUCUCUACAAUGGAGAGUUUGUUGAAUCAUCUGUCCAGAAUCUGUUGGGUGAGUUAGCCAAACUCAGUGUCGGUCCUCUGCCUUCAAACCGUUCUGCGUCUGUUCAGACCCAGUUCUCUCAGAAACAUGGACAAACAAGGUCUUUUGGGAAAAACAUUGAGAUGAAAAGGGGUGACUGGAUAUGCCCAAGGUGUAAUUUCAUGAACUUUGCAAGAAACAUGAAAUGCCUUGAGUGUGAGGAAGCCCGGCCAAAGAGACAGUUAACUGGUGGAGAGUGGGAGUGUCCUCAAUGUGCUUUCUAUAAUUAUGCAAGGAAUACAAUAUGCUUAAUUUGUGAUUGCAAGCAGCCUGGGGACAUCUCACUUGGUGGCACCAACUCGCAGACAGGUCUGGCAUACAACAAUGCGAGCUUGACAAAUAAGGUUGAUCUGGAUGCCAGGUUGGCUGCCAAUGAAGAGAAGGCACAGAGGUGGUUCAGUAAAGUUUCACAGUUGGAUGGUAUUUCUGAUAUGAGCAGUGCCAUAGCAAAUGAGGAUUUCCCUGAAAUCAUGCCCCUGAGAAAAGGAGUUAAUAGAUUUGUUGUGAGCACAAGGAAAACGCCCCUGGAGAGGAGGUUGGCAAAUGCUCAGUACCAGAGGAACAUGAGUAAUGAUGGAAAUUCUAAAGAUAACACUCUGCUGACUGGAGAUGCAAAUAAAGCACUAGACCCAGAAGUAGGCCAGAGUUUAGAUGAAAUUCUUGGUUGCUCAUCUGCUGCUUCUAGAUCUAAUAAUAAUAUCCGUGACACUGAGCAAAAAGCUAGAGCAGAUAGUGCCCUUCCUACUUCUGGUUCAACUUCUCAAUGUGGUCCUCUUAGAGGAAACAGGUCUGAUUAUGUCCCUUUUGUACCAUUGCCAGCUGGUAUGUUUGCCAGGAAACCUGAAAAUUUGAAGAUGGAGGACAGUCAAAAGAAUAUUUCACAAGAUAUUGCUUCAAAUGCUGGUGAGCAAACUAGUGCUGUUUCAGGGAGUGAGCAUAGUGACCCAAGCAAGGAACAAUCCGAGAACAGUGACAAAGUGGACGAACAAGCCCAAAAAUCUGAAAGAUGGUUUAAGAGAGUUGCAGAAUUACAUGGGGUUACAGAUGUGGCAAGUGUUGUUUCAGAUAAUGAUUUUCCUGAGAUCAUGCCGAUGCAUAAAGGAGAUAAUAGAUUUGUUGUCAACAGAAGGAAAGACCAUUACUUGACCUCACCUAUGUACAAGAAACGUAUGAACAUGGAGCAAGCUAAUGUAACAAUUAUGUUCCCUUUGUCCUGUUCCCACCCAAUUACUUUGCUGAAAGGGAUAAUCAACCAGACAGAGCAGAUUCGAGUCCUAAAGAUGAUGAAAUUUCAGCUGCUGUGACUCCAGAGAAGUAUCCAGAAAAAUCAUGUGGGAUGGCUGUUAGGGACUGUUUGCAGCAGAUGGAAAAUCAACAGGCAGAAAGCUGGAACUCAAAACCUUCCGGAGAGAACUUAAAUCAGACUAGCAGUAAUGCAGCUUUUGGGGAACAAGCUUUUGGAAAUUCAAUCCAAAAUUUUUUCUCUUCCCAAAUAAGCAUUAAUGAUGGUGGCAGUGGUGCGGAUCCUGGGAUUGAGACUAAGAAAGAGACAACAAAUUUGACAUGGAGUUCGCGUCAGCCAUCAGCAGAACAUAACAUCCAGAACAGCUGGAAUGGAAAGAGCUUGGAAGGUUCAGCGGUGAAGGAACCAGAUCUAUUGGACAUGUCAGAGGAGGCCAAGGCAGAGAGGUGGUUCCGACGUGUUGCCCAGAUUAAGGACAUAUCAGAGCUCAGCCAGAUCCCCGAUGAAGACUUCCCAUCAAUAAUGCCAAUGCGGAAGGGGGUGAAUAGAUUUGUUGUAAGUAAGAGGAAAACACCACUGGAGAGAAGAUUGACAUCUCAAAAGUAUAGUAGAAAUCUUCCUGUUGAGAGCUCUGAUCCAUUGAAUAAGGAAGGUGACAAUAACUGAGAAAAGAAAAACCAUUUACGCGUCCUUUUUAAUUUUUGCAAAAUGAUGAACAGAUUCUGGAAAAUUUUGUUCCUUGUCAUUAUUACUGAAGAAAAAGAAAAUUGAAAUGUACCAUUAUUUUUUGUACGAAGAAAUUGAGGUGAGUCAGACUGGAUUACUGAACUGAUCACUCUUUGCUUAUUUCUUUCGUUGACACGGUAAUUUUC